CCAGUCUCACAUCCGGCCGCCUCUGCCUGCUCCAUCGUGCUUUGCCAACCCCCUCCUCCCGCCCCUCAGCUAAGCUCCAGCCUCCACCAUUUCCUGCGCCCUUGGGCUCGUUGCCUUGUCCGCUCCCGGGCUAGGCCGGCUUCCGGUGGCCUGGUCGGCGCAGGUCCCUGCAGUCACCCCAAGACGGAACCCGGCUGUGACCCCAGCCGGCCGGCCCGCACCCCCGGCGAGCUUUCCCCGCCGCCUUGGGCUGCACUCCCGGCAGCAGCCGUGCUCCGCGUCCGGCCCGCUACCCUGGGUGGCCCUCCCUUCAGAGGCCGAGCGCCGCUCCCCUCGGGCCCCCGGCUGGGAGAGGCCCCGAGCAGGACGCGUCAGGGCCGGACCCCGCGAGGGAAGUCCGCGACCCCACUGCCCCGUGGCCUGGUACCCGCGGGAGGGGCUUCCCGGGGCCGCUUCCGCUGCCCCGCCCCUUCCGGCGCCGCCGCGGGCUCGGUAGGCGUGCGGCGGGGAGGGUGCCCGGUGCCGGCCGGGGCGGCGGGGAGGGCCGGGGACGGGACUACCCCAGCCGCGUGUCCCGUAACCAUGGAGGACGACCCGGCCGAAGCGCUGCCGGAUCUGCGCGAGCGGAGGCCGGGCCUGCUGGAGCUGCUGCAGGUGGCGGCGGGCUCGGGCCUGGCCGCCUACGCCGUGUGGGCCGCGCUGCUGCAGCCGGGCUUCCGCCGCGUGCCGCUCAGGCUGCAGGUGCCUUAUGUCGGAGCGAGCGUGCGGCAGGUGGAGCACGUGUUGUCGCUGCUGCGAGGCCGCACUGGAAAAACUGUGGACCUGGGCUCUGGCGACGGCAGGAUUGUGCUGGCGGCGCACAGAUGUGGGCUCCGCCCAGCUGUGGGCUACGAGCUGAACCCGUGGCUGGUGGGGGUGGCUCGGCUGCGCGCCUGGAGAGCAGGCUGUGCAGGCAGUGUCUGCUUCUCCCGUGAGGACUUCUGGAAGGUGAGCCUGAAGGACUGCCACAAUGUGUCUGUGUUCCUGGCCCCUAGCGUGCUGCCACUGCUGGAGGACAAGUUGCAGGCAGAGUUGCCUGCGGGGGCCCGUGUGGUAUCAGGGCGCUUUCCACUCCCCACAUGGCAGCCUGUGGCUGUGGUGGGUGAUGGCCUGGACCGUGUCUGGGCCUAUGACAUCCGUGGUGGUGGGCCGGCUGGGCAGUCUGUCCCAGGACCCAGUUCUGCCUUCGUCCCCGGGGUCCCUGCUUCACAGGCUGGCUGACCUUUUGGACAAAAUAAAGACUCAGUGGGCUCUGCCUUG